AUGCCUUGUAAUAAGUCCUCCAUCAACAACUGCUGUAAAGUCGGCCGUUUCCCAUCUUUAAGAGUGAAGUCGGACGACUGCAGCAAAGUGAAGUGUUCUGUACCUGUUCUCAAGAACCCUUGCAGCUGUGUGACAUGCUGUGGACGUGAGGCUGUUGUCGUCCAGGAUGACUGUAAAUACAGCGGAGCGUGUGGAAAGCAGGUGUACGGCUGCAUCAAGCCGGUUUGUCAGCACAACCCUUGCAGCAACCUGACUUCAUGCCAUGAUCAUGUGGUCAAGACCGUCAUCCAGGAUGACUGUGAAUCCUGGAGACGUUGUGGAAAUGAAGAGUUUGUCUCAUUCCCUGUCAAUAAGUGGAAGUGUGCAUGCUGCACACCGGCUCACACUAUGCCUUGUAAUAAGUCCUCCAUCAACAACUGCUGUAAAGUCGGCCGUUUCCCAUCUUUAAGAGUGAAGUCAGACGACUGCAGCAAAGUGAAGUGCUCUGUACCUGUUCUCAAGAACCCUUGCAGCUGUGUGACAUGCUGUGGACGUGAGGCUGUUGUUGUCCAGGAUGACUGUAAAUACAGCGGAGCGUGUGGAAAGCAGGUGUACGGCUGCUUCAAGCCGGUUUGUCAGCACAACCCUUGCAGCAACCUGACAUCAUGCCAUGAUCAUGCAUUCAAGACCGUGAUCCAGGAUGACUGUGAAUCCUGGAGACGUUGUGGAAAUGAAGAGUUUGUCUCAUACCCUGUCAAUAAGUGGAAGUGUGCAUGCUGCACAUCGGGUUGUGAUCAAAUGCCAUUGCAACUGACUGACAGAAAGCUGUGA